CCCUCCUGGCAUCUGAAGCUCUUUAACAGUUCCUCAACAGUUGUGUUGCUAGGUACUAUAAUCUCAUUUCGGCAUCAUGGCUACUGAAAGCGGCAAGGGAGAGUUGGCUGUGCCUCUAGGAAACGCAUUAAAUUCCAUCCAGUGCAUCAGAGACCAAGUCAGAGAUGGAGAAUCAGGUGAACAGGGUGGAGCAUAUGAUCUCUCCGUGUUCUGGGACACUUUGAACCAGGCAGUAACGGUUGUGUCAAUGGCGGCAACGCUGCUCAGCAUGGGCUCUUCAAAAAACCCUCAGCCAUCUUUACAAGUGUUGCAGGAUGGAGAAAAGCUUUUAGUGACUGUAUUAAACAGCACACUGACUCUGAGUGAAGUUUACUCCUGCCUACCUGAAAGCCAAGGGGUGACGCUACGGCGACAGGUCAGGGACGCCACUGUGGAGGUGCUGGACGGCAUUUUACAGCUGGUGGAGGUCAUAAUCAGCUCACCACUGCAGAGCCUGACUCAGGAGCAGAUCACGUUCACUAGAGGAGUUUGGUCGGCCUGUGAUCGCUUUGCUCAGCUAGCAAGAGACAACAAGGAAGCUCUGCUGGUCGAUGUGUCUUCUCAGUCUGGAGUUGUAAAAGAUGUCGUUGAGAAAAUUAAACAGCUCUUAUCCGAACCCCAGGACCCGUUCAAGGACUGCCUCAUUCAUGACCCAGAAGACAACUCUGACCGUGACAGUCCUCACAGCAUCCGGGACGUGUCCCUGUCAGAGAAGGACCAGCAGGUGAUCAGAGCAAGUCUGGAGGUACUUGAAACAGCUGCAUCCUGUCUGAGGAAAUUCAGAUCAGCCGUCGAGGACAACGGUGACGCUGCUGAACCUCAAAAUGUCGCUCAGCUGGACGAUCUGGCCGACAUCAGCCGGGAAAUCAGCCCCAGUGUGGACGAUCUCGCCCUCUGUCUCUACCCACCCAUGAAUUACAGUGGAGUGGAAAACCACAUGUCUAGAUUGGCAGCAACAUUAAGAAAACUUUUGGACCUGAUUAGAUCCAGCCAUGUGUGUGGAGCAGCAGAGCUGACCUGGAUUCAGUUUUUAGAGGCCGCCGUCGAUCACAAUGUUCAGAAAGCCAAAGAAUCGAUUGAGCUGGACGGCUAAUUUAAUUUAAUAAAAUGUUUGUAACAUGCAUUUAAA